AUGGAAAGAAUGUUCCCUACAAAGAAGCCUUCAACUAUGAAUUCACAUGAUAGACCCAUGUGUGUUCAAGGUGACUCAGGUUUAGUUCUUACCACCGACCCGAAACCUCGUCUUCGUUGGACUGUUGAACUCCAUGAACGUUUUGUUGAUGCUGUUACUCAACUUGGAGGACCUGAUAAGGCCACUCCUAAAACUAUUAUGAGGGUUAUGGGUGUCAAGGGUCUCACUCUUUACCAUCUCAAGAGCCAUCUUCAGAAAUUUAGGCUUGGAAAGCAACCCCACAAAGAAUUCAAUGAUCACUCAAUUAAGGAUGGUAUGAGAGGUGACAGUUCUUUUCUUUCUAGGAACUGCAACGAAAAUACUGCUUCCUCUUCUGCCAUGAUUGGCCGCAACAUGAAUGAGAUGCAAAUUGAGGUGCAAAGAAGACUUCAUGAACAGCUUGAGGUGCAAAAACACCUUCAACUAAGGAUUGAAGCUCAAGGAAAAUACAUGCAAAGUAUAUUAGAGAAGGCUUAUCAAACCCUUGCAGGUGAAAACAUGGCAUCAGCUACAAACUAA